AUGAGCUCGGAAAAACAGUUUACGCGAAAUGAAGUGUCUCGGAGGAAUAACAAAAGUGACCUGCUAAUAAUCAUCGACAACCGCGUGUACGACCUGACUAAGUUCCAGGAUGACCAUCCGGGUGGCCACGAGGUGUUUUUGCAGGUUGCAGGACAGGAAGCCAGCGAAAUGUUCCAUGACGUUGGUCACAGUCUCGACGCCAAAGAACUUAUGGUGAAGUAUUGUUUGGGCGAGGUGGUAGCUGCCGAUCGCAUCGAGCCGGAGACUCCACAGCGCUCCUGGAGCGAAACUGACCCGCCAACUACGCUCUCGUCUGACUCUGGCUCCGCUGCCUGGCAUCUGCCCGUAGUUCUGGGCGUUCUCGCCACGCUGCUUUACUACUUGCUGUUCUAG